CUGUGUCGUGUAGUGCGCGCGCCAUGAGCCACGGCGACGACAAACCGCGGCCCGAGUCGGGGUCGCCGCGCAGGGUGCGCCUGGACCUCGCCUUCCACGACCUCUCCUACUGCGUCAAGGUCGGCCUACGCAGGGAGAGCCGCGCGCUGCUCAAGGAAGUGAGCGGUCUGUGCCGGAGCGGGCAGCUGACUGCCAUCAUGGGCCCAUCCGGUGCGGGCAAGACCACCCUCAUGAACGUGCUCGCCGGCUACACGAGGAGGGGUGUAACUGGUGACUUACUUGUAAAUGGGCUGCAACGAGACCCACGUGAAUUCCAAAGUAUGUCCUGUUACAUCAUGCAAGAUGACAAAUUGCAGCCACACUUGUCAGUAAGUGAGGCCAUGACCUUUGCUGCUAAUCUGAAAAUUCCUGAUCAUCAUCGUAAACAUGAUAAGAUUCAAAAAACGCUGCAGUCACUGGGACUUGAAGAAUCACGCAAGACGCGAAUAGGCAAGCUAUCAGGUGGACAACGAAAAAGAUUGGCCAUAGCACUGGAACUCAUCAACAAUCCUCCUGUAAUGUUCUUUGAUGAGCCAACUAGUGGGCUGGACAGUUCUGCUACUAAACAGUGUGUCAUGCAACUAAAACUUUUGGCAGAAGAGGGAAGAACUAUUGUAUGCACCAUUCACCAACCAAGUGCAUUAAUAUUUGAAAUGUUUGACCAUUUGUGCAUCAUUGCAUCUGGCUGUUGUGUGUAUCAGGGCUGCACCAGUGAGAUGCUGACAUUUCUCAGCAAUCAAGGACUUAACUGCCCUCCAUACCACAAUCCUGCAGACUAUGUUUUAGAAGUCUGUACUGGAGAUUAUGGCGAAGGACAUGUUGAAAAACUUGUGCAAGCAAUAGAAAAUGGAAAAUGUGAACGAUGGCACAGAAGAAUUGGCAGCUGUUCGUCAAAAUAUGCAGAGUCAAUUGCAAAUGGUUCUAUAACUUCAGAAUACUCUCAUGGGACACCAGAAAUAGGUCCAUUGGUGGACACAACUAAGAAACCCAGACCUAAACUGUAUGCUGCAUCUUUCCCUGCACAAUUUCUCCAUCUCAUAAGAAGAACAUUCCUCAUUCACUUUCGUGACAGUAGUCUUACACGGAUGAGGCUGAUGUUGCACAUUGUAAUUGGUUUUCUCAUUGGAACUUUGUUCUUUGGAAUUGGAAAUGAUGCUGGACAUACACUAAAUAAUUUCAGCUUUUUGUAUUUCUGCCUUAUGUUCAUCCAGUUUACAGCUUUCUCGACCAUGAGUUUAACAUUUCCUUUGGAGCUACCUGUUGUUGCCAGAGAACAUUUCAAUCGUUGGUACUCUUUAGGUUCAUACUAUGCAGCUGUCACUUUAGCAGACAUUCCAACACAGAUCAUGUGCACAUUUGCAUAUGUCAUAGUGGCCUACUUCAUGACUUCACAGCCCUAUGAGUUUCACAGAUUCACUUUAUUCCUCAUAAUGUGCAUUCUUGUUGGUCUAGUAUCCCAAAGUAUUGGCCUCAUAUUUGGAAUUUCUAUGACAGUUCAGAAUAGCAUGGUAUUUGGCCCUCUUGCAAUCUGCCCAUCUCUCAUUUUCUCAGGAUUUUUUGUGUACAUGAAAGAUGCCCCAUCAUAUUUUGAUUGGCUCUUCCAUAUGAGUUACAUGAAGUACAGUCUAGAGGGACUUAUGCUUGCUAUGUAUGGCUAUGAUCGUCCUCGUCUGAAGUGCUACAGUGACUAUUGUCAUUAUUCACAACCAAAGAGAUUCCUCCAAGAAGUGGACAUGGAUGGUGGGAGCUACUGGGUGGAUGCAGUAUUCCUCAUAUCACUAUUCUUCUUUCUCCGACUGAUUGGAUAUUGUGCAUUGUUGCUUGAAGUUUACUGCCGUAGGACGUUUUCCAGGUAGCACUUGCAGUGCCUCUGAAUGGCAGAGGAAUGUCUAAAAUGAAGUUAUAUAUACAAUUGAAAAUCGAAGAGCUCACUGUGAAUGUUUCAGACAUGAAGUGAAAACUCUUAACAAAAUGUGUGACAGUGUUUACAGUGUCAUUUAUUUAAAUAUUCUGUGAUGUUCAAUGUGUCUUAAAUGUAUAUACAUGUAUUUUUAUGCUGAUUUUGUCACAAUACUGCAGAAGCCACAGACACUUUUAAAACUGUGCAACUAUGGCUUCUGUUGUGCCAUAUUAUUUAAUAGAUGACCUUAUGCAAUCCAAAACUGAGAGCCAUGCAGCGAACUUUUGUAUAUGCUUACAGAUCAAUACAUUAGAAAACAUGUAACAACUUGCCAUACUGUCAACAUAAAUUACAGAUUGUAAAUGUCAGCUAUGUGAAUAACAAAGAAAAGGAUGAUAGUUGUGUUCAGAUAAUUUAUUAAUGUGUGAAUGUAAUGAGCAGUAUAAAAUUUGAUGCAUGUGAUUUCAACCUAUUGUAUCAGAAACAACUAAAGAGAAUUCAUAUUAUCAACAUAGUACAAAGAAACCAUUUUAAAGCAUAAAACGUUUUUGGAAUAUAGAUGAUAUUACUAUGAACGAUUGCUGCUGCUACAAAUGUAAAUAUCUGCCUAGAAUCGUACUACAUGGUUAUUGACAUAUGCACUACAAAAAAGAAUGUAUACUUUAAAAUUAUGGUGGAUAUGAUAAUUGUACUGAACUACACAUUCCUGUGCACAUAAAUUUGUUUGUUAGAAUCAAUUGGUGCCUUUGUUCAUAUUUGGAGAUGAAUGAACAAAUGCCACGUGACCAAGUAUUGCUAUUAGUACAACAAUAGCUUUUGUAUUUUUGUACACUGCUGCUUAACUGAAGAUUCUUUUUUGAACUGGGAAAAUAUCUAUCAUAGCAAAAUACCUGGUAACUGAUUAGAAUCUAUUUUUAGAUAUUUCUGUUGUAUUUGUUCUCAAAAUUACAGUAUACUUUUGCCAUGAAAUCAGCAAAAAUAAUAUUUGUAGGAAACAGAACCAAAGAACUGUAGUUAAUGGAAUUACAUAAGUAUGAAUUCUGUUGAAGAUAUUUGAUAUAACUGUUUGCAUUGAAACUAUCAAUCAGGGAGAUGCUGUCAGUGGUACAUCUAGCUGAUGCUGUGUUUUGUAUCUUCAUAAACAAAAUUUCAUUCUCUGUUAGUUAAAGGGAAAGAGGAAAUUAAAAUAACACGAAGGAAACAGAAAUGUGAUGGGGCAAACAUACUUCAUUCUGGCAACAGCACAGGCAUGCAAUGAAACAGUAUGCGUGCUGCACUACUAAACAUUUUUGCUCUUCCAACAUCCACUAAAUUCCAAAUGCAAAAGCUCAGUAUCUUGUGUUACUUACUCAUCAACUGAAAGUAGUGCUGUUAGAGAGAUUGAAUAUGUCAGAUCUCCAUGGCAGAAAUCAGGAAUAAAGAGAGUAAAACGUAGAUGUUCAAGAUACAAAGAUGUCUUAUGACAUAUGUACAAUAAUUUGAACCAAAAAGCAAUUAACUUCUGCUUCGCUCCAUAUUUUUUACAGUAAACUCUGAGUAAUUUUCUCCUCUGCUUCUGAAAAACAUUCUUGUAUUUCCUCUGAAACACUUUGUUAUCCUUCCUGGACAAUAGUUUAAGUUUCAUUUCACUUUUGCCUGUGGCUUCAAGAUUUGUCAUAAUGACCUUUCAUAGAGGUACGUAUACCUUUUACAUACCGUACCUCUGUUUGACUGAAAUUCAUUUCUGACAGUUGUUUCCUGAAUGGAAGUAGUGGUGUAUGUUCCUAAUUGAUAAACAUUUCAAGCAUUUCUGUCUCUGACCAGCUAGUACUACUAGUUUCAACUGUCAUUUGCAGUGUAAACUUUUGCUUUGCAUCUUAAAUGUUUACUUUUUCUUGCACUCUCUUCCUCUUUGCAGGUAUUCUUCUCACUUCAUUCCUUUCUUUUGGAAUUGGAAAAAUAUUUGUUCUGAACUUUCAAGAUACAGUGUAAUAUCGAACUGUGAUUUUUUUCAUUGUCAAGAGUGUCUGCUU